AACAAAAUCCAUGAUGCUGCUCGGCACUGCGCUUGCGUACGGACAAGACAGCUGAUAACUCAUCUAUUAUGCUACUUGGCUAAAUAAAAAUCUUCCAGAAAGCAGUCGCAGCCGCCGCGGGAUCGCCGGAGGACCGAGACACGGAGUAAAGAGCGUGUGUGAGCGGGAGAAGCGGGGUCGUGCGAUGGGAGUUUGUCUCUUCGGGGAACACUUGAGCUGAAGCGGCUGAACUGAACACGUGCACGGACACACACCUGUGCACACACACCUGGCCGCGGCCCACAGAAGGAGUCCUUUUUCACCUUCCAGUCAGACGCUGCCGUCCCACUGUGCAUCGCUGCAUCACCGUCGUCCACCAUGUCGGACGCCCCUGAGGCUGCGCCCCCCAGCCCCCCUCCCCUCACCAACCCGCCCCCCCCUGAGGUCACCAACCCCACUAAACCGGGCAGGAAAACCAACCAGCUGCAGUACAUGCAGAACGUGGUGGUGAAGACCCUGUGGAAGCAUCAGUUCGCCUGGCCCUUUUACCAACCCGUGGAUGCCAUCAAGCUGUGUCUGCACGAUUACCACAAAGUGAUCAAAAACCCGAUGGACAUGGGAACCAUUAAGAAGCGUCUGGAGAACAAUUAUUACUGGAGCGCCAGCGAGGCAAUGCAGGACUUCAACACCAUGUUCACCAACUGUUACAUCUACAACAAGCCCACAGACGACAUCGUCCUCAUGGCUCAGGCUUUAGAGAAGAUCUUCCUGCAGAAAGUCGCUCAGAUGCCUCAAGAAGAAGUCGCUCUGCUGCCUCCGGCUCCCAAAGGCAAGAACAAGAGCAAACAGCCGGCCGCCACCACAGUGAGUCAACAGGCAGAGUCUUCAGCCUCCCCUCCCCCCUCCUAUCCCUCCCCCUCUCCCUCUCAGACGCCAGUAAUCUCGACCACGCCCACACCAGUCCAGGCCACGCCCCCUGUGUCUGCACCUCAGCCUCCUGCGACCUUGAUGCCAUCUGCCCAGCCUGUGGUUAAGAAGAAAGGCGUGAAGAGGAAAGCUGAUACCACCACUCCGACCACGUCGGCCAUCUCUGCCGGCCGCGCCGACUCUCCGUCUGCUCAGGACGCCAAACCGGCUAAACUGGCUUCGUCUCGCCGUGAAGCCGCUGCCCGCCCCACCAAGACCCGGCGGGACACUGGGGACGACCUGGCGGCUGGGGACGUGGGUGCCGGAGGCGUCGGCCCCGGGGGGAGGAAAGGCGGUAAGCUGGGUGAGCAGAUGAAACACUGCGAUGCCAUCCUGAAGGAGAUGCUCUCGAAGAAGCACGCCGCCUAUGCCUGGCCCUUCUACAAGCCCGUGGACGCUGAGGCGCUGGAGCUGCACGACUACCACGACAUCAUCAAACACCCCAUGGACCUCAGCACCAUCCGGAAAAAAAUGGAUAAAGGCGAGUACAGCGACCCUCAGAGCUUCGCCACUGACGUCAGGUUAAUGUUCUCCAACUGCUACAAGUACAACCCCCCAGACCACGAGGUGGUGGCCAUGGCCCGCAAGCUGCAGGACGUGUUUGAAAUGCGUUUCGCUAAAAUCCCUGACGAGGGCCUGGAGGCGUCGGUCCCCACCACGACACCGGUGGUCAGCAAAAGCACCGCCUCCUCCGACAGCAGCAACAACUCCUCCUCUGACGAAUCGUCCGACUCUGAGGAGGAGCGGGCCACGCGAUUGGCUGAGCUACAGGAGCAGGUUGGUGCUGCCGACCAAUCACAGUUGAAGGCGGUGCACGAGCAGCUGGCGGUCCUGUCCCAGGCGCCGGUCAGCAAGCCAAAGAAGAAGAAAGAGAAGAAAGACAAGGAGAAGAAGAAAGAGAAGGAGAAAGACAAGGGAAAUAAAGGCAAGAUGGAGGAAGAGAAGAAGCCAAAGGCCGCCGCCCAGCAGCCCAAACCGGCCAAUCAGAAGAAGGCGCCAGCCAGAAAAGCCAACAGCACGGUGACAGCCACCAGGCAACCCAAGAAAGGCAGCAAGACGUCGGGCAGCGGCUCAGCCAACGGGGACGAUGGCGAGGAGUCGUCGCUGCCGAUGUCGUACGAUGAGAAGCGGCAGCUGAGUCUGGACAUCAACCGGCUGCCGGGAGAGAAGCUGGGCCGUGUCGUGCACAUCAUCCAGACCAGAGAGCCGUCGCUGAGGGACUCCAACCCCGACGAGAUCGAGAUCGACUUCGAGACGCUCAAACCCUCCACGCUCCGAGAGCUCGAGCGCUACGUCAAGUCCUGCCUGCAGAAGAAGCAGAGGAAGCUACUGCAGAAGGCAGCUGGAGGCGGGGCCUCAGGAGGCGGGGCUAGUCGUUUGAGUGGCAGCUCCUCUUCCUCCUCCGAUGACAGCUCCUCGACAGGAACCUCCUCAUCCUCCGACACAGACUGAACACGCGUUCACACAUACACGUGUUACUGAACACACACACACACACCUCCAUCCUGAACAAACACAAAGACAGAGAUACACACUCUGAACUUGUUACACACACGUUUAAACACACAGAGACUGGAUGUAAAUAGGCUGACCUGUUUGUUUUUUUUUAGCUCCUAGUGCUUUUGUUUUUUGUUUUAUUUUUUCCGCUAUUGGAGGACUGCAGACAGAAGAAAGUGAUGGAGGAGGAAGGAUGUGGGCGGAGUCAGGUAGAGCGAUGGGCAGCCCGUCUGGGAGUCUUACUGAUCUGUGGACAGAAAUGCAACCGUCGAGACUUUCUUUCUUCGUCUUUUUCUUCUUCGUGGACGGCCGGCGGUGACCCCUGACCUCUGAAUACAUUCCACAAGUAUCAUUGGAGAGGAGGAGCAGGUGAUCUCAGCAGGUUUGUGGAUACUGAGACGAAUGAGCGCAUCUCACGUUUCAUUUGAAGCUGUCGGCAGCGCUGCAGCAGAGAGAAGACCUGACGAUGUCAGCGUGUGACAUCACAGAACAGUUUUACAAAUAACCGUUUUUUCUCUGAACCUGGCGGCAAGGCGUUUAGCCCCUCCUUCUGAACCUGGCGGCAAGGCGUUUAGCCCCUCCUUCUGAUGUGCCGUCUGCUACUUUAAACUGGGAUUGAGAAAACCAGCGAGGUGGGAAACAGGCAGGAGUAUGGCGGUGGGCGGGGUCAGCAGGAAAAUACAGUUUAGCAGUUUAAAGGUACUUUUUGUAAAAUCCAGUUUAAAUGUUAAAAUUAAAAGCUUUUCAAAUUAAAAGUGUGUCACUGAGGUGAAAAAGGAAGAACUUUAGUGUAAUACCAGUUUGUGCCACUAAAUGAAACCAGCGUAAACUUUAUUUAAAACGGGUAUGAGUACGUUCCUGUGCCAGUGUGAAAACGAAGAGGACAAGGCCUGACCUCAGUCAGUGGUGACAUGGUGCCCCCUGGUGGUGGAAUGUUUAGUUACAUUCUGCAGAAGGUUGUUACAAAAAGUAUCUUUAAUUCAAAACUUUAUUUAAAUUUUGAGGUAUUUAUGACGGGUAACUGACGGUGCCAGGCCGAAACCCUGAUUUUGUUUAUGGUGGUUGGUUCAGUUUGGCGUUAAACCCUUUAAAACACGUAACAGGAAACUGCGUGCCUGCAGAUAGAACAGAGGGCGUGCCCAUGCCGCCUGCUAUGGAGCUGAGUCCUCAUCAGGUAACGCUUUAAAAAGUGUCCAAGUGGACUCUUGAUGGAUCGUCUCAGCGGGAAAUAAACCUGAUUUUUUUGACUGAUCGACCCUUUGGAUCGAACCGGCUUCUGGAUCUUUCAGCUCCACCUUAAAAACCUCUGAGACCAACCCUGCCCCCUGCUGGUCCUGCAACCCUACACACAACUUCCUGUUUGUCCUUGGGGUCAUCGUGGCAAUGUGGGUGGGGUCACAGGAUCCUGACCCCGCCCCCAGCACGGCUCUGUCAGCACAGAGACGUUGAUUUAUUUUUUUUAACACUACAUUUCCUGUUUUUGAUUUUCAGGUUGUGUGCUGAACUUGUUUGUGUCUUAUAAGGUUCUCUAUAUAAAAUGUCUUUCUAUUGCUGUCCUGUUCAAGCGCCGCCCCCAUUCUCACCCCGCCAAAAAAGAACCACUCAUACUGUACCGCCUCCUCCUGUCAGGGUCCAAACUCGGAGCACCUCGUUUCUUUUAAAGCUUUUUAGACAAUUUAUUUUAAGGUUUUAGAGCUCGCUGCCGCUCGGAGGACAUCAGGACGCAAGAAACGAUUUCUGAGGAAAAUGCCACGCCCACCGCAGUCACGACUCAUUUUCGUGAUUUCAGAAAAAACCUGUCUGUCAAGCGCUCGGCAGAUGUUUGUGGCUUACGUUGGGCAUUGUGGCGUCAGAUUUCUGAUCACCUGACGUCAGUGUCAGGCGGAUAGGCCUGUUGCCCUCUGACCUAUGAUCUGUGGUUACACCUCCGAUGGUGUUGGGCUCUCUGGGACGCGGCCAUAGUUGUUCUUAUCCCUGGACGCCGUGUCGGUUCUUGGCAAAGGAAAUAUCGACAAACAGGAAGUUUGUUUUCUCUGAAAAAUUCAUCAUGACGUUGACCGCCGCGUCCUCGGUGGCGUUCUGAAUGUUGUACAAGCUGCAGAGCGCAAACAAAGAUGAAUCAUGAAUAUUAGACGUAGAGUUUUACUGAAACUGUUGAAUCGACAUGCCCAAUGAUAUAAAUGGUUUCCGAUUGGCUGGAGCCAGGGGGCGUGUUCAGUAAAACCUCACCUCCCCUCGCUCCUCUGACCCCUGAUUAUUGGCGACCUCCAGCUGGAGAUCAGUUUACCUGUGGUGCCUCCUGGAGGUAACCUGGUAAGAAACCUGUAAAUGGCAGGUGUUGGAGAAUAAUCUGACGUCGUGAUCACACGACCUCCGGGUGGCACCGCAUCGUCAUCUGUUGUCACGGAUCUUUCCUUUAGCCUCCACGUUUUGUUUUGCGGGCGCAUUACGACUCGAUGGACCGGGCAAAGCGUUCGAUCGGGACCCCCUGCGACAGACAGGCGGACAGCUCGUUGCCACAGUAACCCUCCUCUUUGUUUUUAGUUGAUGGUUGAGCUUCGACGCUCAUAGUUAAUUUUGUAUUUUAAUAAGAAAAGGAAACAGUGGUUUUAUGUAUUGCAUGCACUCCGGCCGUACGUUUUUCUCGCGUAUGUUUGAGCGCUGUAUAGUAGCUGUAAAGUAGCCGUCUGAGGUUAGAGCGAGCUCCACUCGUAGAGACGCAGAGGGGACGAAACAAGUGAAUUAUUUGAUGUAAUUACUGAUAUGGGAUCCUUAUUUUCUGAGUUCAUUUGUUUUCAUAAAUAAACACAUAAACUGAAAA